GACAGGAGGAGGAGGAUUCGAAAGCGGGGGGCAACACAAACAGAGCUGUGACUGAUUGUGUGUAGUGGAGGAGAGCAUAUUUUACAGAGCAGAACCGCGCCGUAUGUUGCUGGGAACUGGAAACAUUUCUUGCCUGGAUGGACUGUUAGCAUCUUUUGAUGAGAGAAGCGCUGACAAUGAGAUUCGCCUGGAAAGAUAAAAUGGUAAAAAGUUACUCCGUUUUCCGUGCUGCAGACUUUUGUUGAUUUUGCGGUUUGAGAGUCAGCUUUUAGAGAGGCUGGGAAGGGAGAGGGUAUUAGGCUUAGGAAAGUAGUGGAUAAAGGAAAGGAGGAGGGGACAGCGAGAGGGAUACAUUUGAACCUUUAGUUGUAAUUUUUUUCUCACCCUCGACGCCAUCGUGGUGUACUUUAAAUAGUCUUCAUUAAUAUCUUGCGCGUAAACGUUUUGCGUAAAGACGCGCUCUGGAAAUGUUACACUGGCCUAAUAUGACAGUUCGUUUUUCGCUGAAGACAAAACACUUGUCUCUGAGCCGAGAGUGAAAUGAGCCCUGAGGCGAUCUCUUUACCGGUCCUAGUUGCGUCUGGAACAAUCUGAGCACAAAGCCAACACCAGAUAAGUACGAAGACUUGACACCGCUGUUGUUACCUUGAGCGUAUUCUUUUCACAUUUGGUUAAUUAAACCAGUGUGUGUUAUGUGAUGUUGUCAGUAGGGGGUUGAAUACAUACUGCUCCUAUAUUUGCCAGAGUUUAAUAGUCUCUUCUGUAGUCUGCAUCCCACCUCCACUGGAUUGCAACAUCCUUCCAAACUGGAGCCUGUCCAGCAAGUCUGAAAUCCCAGGGCCUUUGGUACACCAUGUGCCCCAACUUGGUCUACAAAGCAGGUAGACUUUUAAACCUCUGUCUGAAAAACAUUUCUGCCUGGCACAAAAAAAGCAGUCUCUGUGCACAUACUGUGGACUCAGAAGGCUGGGCCAGUGAGCAGAAGGACCUCCUGAUAUUGUUUUGGAGUGGACUAGACUACAUACCUCAGAGUUAAGUAUUUAACUCACAGAGAGGCAGCACUGUAUGGGAAAUUAAUGGGAAAUACAUACAUGCUGGGCCAUUUUUAUCUCCUGCACUCAAUUACUCCUCUGUGGCCUUCUUGCUCUCUCUCUCUCUCUCUUUAUCUUUCCACCAGUGCCCAUUGCCAUCACACACUGUUUAUCAGUGUCUGGCUGAUUGUUUGGGGUGGGUUCCCUGCAUGGCCCUGUGUGCUUUGUUUUUGAUAGAACCCAAACAGCCACCCGCAACCACCCCGGCCCUGGGCUAAGUGCCAUUGGCCUUCAGAGCUGGCCAUUGAGCCUGACCUUUAACUCUAGCUGCCAACACUCUGUUUGGGGAGAGAGUGGACUUUGUCCUGCUGUUGUGAUGCUGAUGGAAAGUGAGAGUGUGGACUUGGCUGGAGUGCGCUGUCAUCUAAACAGCUCCUCUUUAUGGGUUUAAAAUGAGCCCUGGUUGCCGUCACACUGGAUGUGGCUCUGUUGCCUGCCUUCGUCCCUGACUGGGCAUAUUUUUGAAUUUGAGAGGGUAAACUGCUGUUCUGUGCCUGUGUGCUCUGCAUAACUGAUGUGUCGCCAAUACGGAUUCAGAGCCAGAGAGUAGAGACUGCACAGUGAGGAGUACAGGUUGAGAGCUUUAACUUCCUCGUUGUCCAAAUCACUAAGGACUUAAAAUGGUCCACUCACGUGCACAGUUGUGAGAAAUACGCUACAGCUCCUCUUCUCCCUCAGGAAGUUAAAGGUUUUACAGCCGCACCAUUGAGAGCAACUUGACUGGCUGCAUCACUGCUUGGUAUGGCAACAGCACCGCCAUCGAUCGCAUGGCGCUACAGAGGGUGGUGCGGACAGCCCAGUACAUCACUGGGGCUGAGCCCCCUGUCAUCCAGGACCUCUAUAUCAGGCAGUGUGGUAGGAAGGCCAUGAAAAUCAUUAUAAAUUCUAGCCAGCCAAGCCAUAGACUGUUCUCUCUGCUUCCGCACGGCAAGCACCACCGGUGUAUCAAGUCUGACACCAACAGGCUCCUGAACAGCUUCUAUCCCCAAGCCAUAAUACUGCUAAAUAGCUUAAGGAAUGGCUGCACAGACUGAGUUGACCCUUUUAUUUUUGUACGGUCUCUAUGCACACUCACAGGACUCUACACGCACACUGACACUCCAACACACAUAACAUGCACACAUUUGUACUGACUACGCAAACACACUCACAUACAAUCACCAUUUACAUUGCUGUUACUCAGUUUAUCAUAUAUCUUGAUGCCUAGUCACCUUCCACUAUCAACACACCCUAUUGAACACCUUUGGGAUGAAUUGGAACGCCGACUGCGACCCAGGCCUGAUCACCCAACAUCAAUACCCGACCUUACUAAUGCUCUUGUGGCUGAAUGGAAGCAAGUGGAAAGCCUUCCCAGAAGAGUGGCGGCUGUUGUAGCAGCAAAGGGGGACCAACUCCACAUUAAUGCCCAUGAUUUUGGAAUGAGAUGUUUGACUAGCAGGUGUCCAGGGCACAGUCCAUCACCACUAAGAGGUGCUACUGAAAUUGUAUAUGGUUAUAUUACUUAAAUGAUGGUGCAACACUAAUCAAAAUGAUCUUAUUUUUAGAACAAAUGCGCUUUCUCCCGAGUCGGAUAGCGGUCGCUGUCUGCGUUUCUGAAACAUCACUGCACUGUUGAAUUGGCGCUUUUUCCUAGACCAUUUUGCUAUGUGCAUAAUAGCAAUGUUAAACAGCAUAUUGGGGUUGAGGACAAUGCCGCGGAGGCAGCAGCAGAAUAAGGAGAUGGGAACAGACCUUGUCUUAAUUGUCUAAGAAAAGUGAGGAGGAAACCCCAACUUAAUUAGGUCUUUAAUCAAUAGCCUAACUGUUAAAUGUGCCUGGCUUUAUAAACUAUCAAUAUAUCUCGAGAAAUAAGACAGAUCUUGUUCUGCUGCCUGUUUGAGUGUUUGUUUAAUAACCUACUGAUUCCGUGAGAACCAAGCCUCACAACCACAUGUCGGAUAAGCAAUUUCACAAAUUCGGCUGUCAUUAAUCUUUGCUUUGAUGUAAUAAAGGCUUUACACUUUUGUUGUUGUUGUUAGAACAGCCGGUCUGGUAUUAUUUUAUUAUUCAUUUCGUGUUUACAGCUUCCAAAUUGUCAAAUUAUAUUUAUAAUAAUAACUCUAAUUUUUCUUGAUCUCUUCUAUUAUUAUUAUAUUAUAAUGAAAUGACUUAUUUAGUAGGAUUAGUCUAGCAGCCUUGUAUAACCACCAUCAAGCUGUAGGCCAAUGAGCGCAUCCUGUUUAGUCUUAGUACAGUAACUCAUUUAUGUCUAUAUUUCAAUACUUAUAUAGGCUGCUGUAUCAAUCAUUCAUUCAUGUCAUCACAUACCAUCUGAGUCAUUCAUGAUUUGAAAUGCAAUCAAGCAUUUCUGUUUUAAAAUAAAAUGAAGCGACCCUUGAAUAAUUAGCGUAAACAAUAAAUAAACCGUUCCAUUUCGGGAAAUUGCAUUCACGAAUGAAUGCUGCUGUUUUUAAUGUUUGCUGUCAUGAAGGCUUUACAACAACAACAAAAAAUGACAACAGACUCUGGUACACUUCUCAUUUAUUUAGUGUUUACAUUGUUCCAAACGAUCAGAAAAAUGAUAUUGUAAUCAAACAGCACCGGUUUCACAGCAUUUUGCUCUUUACCAUAUUUUUCUUGUUUUCCGACUUGAUGAGCAACCAGUAAACAUUCCCCCGUUUCAAGUUGAUUUGUGAUGUCCUCUGCAUCCAUUUUGCUGUCACAUGUGUUCGGACUUUAUCACCAUUUUUAUUUCUGUGAUUAUGAUAAGCUAUAGGUCAGGCCUUAUUGGUCACGUGCAUGCGAUGCAUAGAUGUGUCACAAAGAGAGCAAGGGGAAGGGAAUGUUUUCCCUAAACAAAUGAGGGAUUUUGGUAACAGAACUUUUCAGUCAGAAAUGACUGUAAUUAUGUUGCAGCUUCAGCAACAUGGACAUCGUGAUAAACACUGAAGUUCUGUAGUGGUUGCUGCAGCAUGGAGGGGAGCGAGACAACGGGGGCUCGUCACACAGUCACUUGCUGUCAUUUUUUUUAACACAAUGCAGCAAGUCUGAGCACAAUCAAAUCAAUUGCGUUUGGAUUUCCUCUAGUCAUUUGUGUGUCCUAAUUAUUUCAUCAAACAGUGCGCUUAAAGCAUCAGACAAGCUAAGUGCAUAUAGUUGAUUUCAACACAUAAGAUGUCUAUAUAUGGAAAAAUACACAUUUUUAAGUUUCGACCAAUCAGGUGGUUAACUCCCUCCGCACAUUUGGACUCAUCAGACCAAAGGACAGAUUUCCACCAAUUUAAUGUCCAUUGCUUGAGUUUCUUGGACCAAGCAAGUCUCUUCUUAUUAUUGGUGUUCUUUAGUAGUGGUUGCUUUACAGCAAUUUGAACAUGAAGGCCUGAUUUCACAGUUUCCUCUGAAAAGUUGAUGUUGACAUGUGUUUGUUACUGGAACUCUGUGAAGCAUUUAUUUGGGCUGCAAUCUGAGGUGCAUUUAAGGCUAAUGAACUUAUCCUCUGCAGCAGCGCUAACUCUGGGUCUUCCUUUCUUGUGGCAGUCCUCAUGAGAGCCAGUUUCAUAGCGCUUGAUGGAUUUUGCGACUGCACUUCAAGAUCUUUCAAAGUUCAUUACAUUUUCCGGAUUGACUGACCUUCAUGUAUGUCUUAAAGUAAUGAUGGACUGUCGUUUCUCUUUGCUUAUUUGAGCUGUUCUUGUCAUAAUAUGGACUUAUAGCCCUAUCUUCUGUAUACCAACUCUACCAUGUCACAACACAACUGAUUGGCUCAAACGAAAUAACAAGGAAAGAAAUUCCACAAAUUAACUUUUAACAAGGCACACCUGUUAAUUGAAAUGCAUUCCAGGUGUCUAGCUCAUGAUGCUGGUUGAGAGAAUGCCAAGAGUGUGCAGAGCUGUCAUCAAGGCAAAGGGUGGCUUCUUUGAAGAAUCUCAAAUAUAAAAAAUAUUUUGAUUUGUUUAACACUUUUUUGCUUACUACGUAAUUCCAUAUGUGUUAUUUCAUCGUUUUUUGUCUUCACUAUUAUUCUACAAUGUAGAAAAUAGUAAAAAAAAAAAAAAAAAUUAAAAACCUUGAAUGAGUAGGUGUGUCCAAACUUUUGACUGGUACUUAUACUUAUAUAGCUUUAUUUAUUUUUCUUCUUUUUGGAUGAUGUGUGUAUUGUUUUUCUAGGUAUUACUGCUCUGUUGUAGCUAUAAACACAAGCAUUUUGAAGCACCUGCAAUAGCAUUUGUGUACGUGACCAAUACACUUUGAUUUGUGAUCAUGUGUUCUAAUCUAGAGGAUGGUUUGUCUUUGUGUUAACAGCUCAUUAUGGCUCUCCCACAGAGCUCGGUGCAGGGCCGGGGGGAGGAAGUGGAGGAGGGGGCCAUAUACAAUGUGACACUGAAGAGGUGCCAGAUCCAGCAGGCCGCCAACAAGGGAGCAAGAUGGCUGGGGGCGGAGGGGGACCGGCUGCCUCCCGGCCAUACUGUGAGCCAGUUGGAAACCUGUAAGAUCCGGAGUAUCCGGGCGGGAACGCUGGAGCGUCUGGUGGAGACCCUGCUGACUGCAUUUGGGGACAAUGACCUCACCUACACCAACAUCUUCCUGUCCACAUACCGCGCCUUCGCCAGCACGCACACCGUGCUGCAGUUGCUGCUAGACAAGUAUGGAAUUCCAGAGGAUAGUGAAGAACAGACUGAGCAAUGUAGACCCUCUGAAACCAAAGGAGCCGUUCGAACUGCCCUGGUCUCCAUCCUGCGAGUCUGGCUGGACCAGUGUCCAGAGGACUUCCAGGAGCCUCCAUCCUACCCCUGCCUCCACAGGGUGAUGGCCUACCUACAGAGGGCCCUGCCUGGAUCGGAGCCCAUGCGUAAAGCCCAGAGUCUACUGGAGCAGCUGAAGGCUGAGGCCAGUCUGGAUGUAGACUCAGAGGGUUUUUCUGGUGGUUUCCACGGCAACAGCUCCUUCUGCUUGGCUGAGGAUGAGGGAGUAGAGAUUGAGGUCCAGGAAGGCUUCCUGUCAUUUGAUGCAGACUUGGUGGCCGACCAGCUGACCUAUAUGGAUGCGUUGUUGUUCAAGAAGGUGAUUCCUCACCACUGCCUGGGCUCCAUCUGGUCCCAGAGGGAUAAGAAACAGAACAAGCACAGUGCUCCCACCAUCCGUGCCACCAUCACCCAGUUCAACGCUGUGGCAGCGUGUGUGGUCAGCACCAUACUGCACCGACAACAGAUCCGCCCGCUCCUCAGGGCACGGGUCAUCAAGCGCUGGAUAGACAUCGCUCAGGAGUGUCGCGUGCUUAAGAACUUCUCCUCGCUGCGUGCCAUUGUGUCUGCACUGCAGUCCAACCCACUCUACAGACUGAAGAGGACCUGGUCCUGGGUGCCCAAAGACAGCAUGUCUACGUUUGAAGAGCUAUCAGACAUCUUCUCAGAUCACAACAACUACCUGACUAGCCGAGAGCUGCUGAUGAGGGAGGGCACCUCUAAAUUUGCCAAUCUGGAAGGCUGUGCUAAGGAGCACCAGAAACGCACUCACAAACGACUCCAGCUACAGAAGGAAAUGGGUGCCAUGCAGGGGACAAUACCUUACCUGGGCACCUUCCUGACAGACCUGACCAUGUUAGAUACGGCCCUGUCAGACCUAGUAGAGGGGGGGCUAAUCAACUUUGAGAAGAGGCGAAGGGAGUUUGAGGUGAUCGCUCAGAUCAAGCUGCUGCAGUCUGCGUGUAACAGCUACUGUCUUAGUGCUAAUGAUGCCUUCCUGCACUGGUUCAAGAACCAGCCUCAACACAGCGAAGAGGAGAGCCAUGCUAUGUCUUGUGACAUUGAAGGAGUCGGAGACAGCAGUCCAACCUUACCCAAACUUCGCAAGAGCAUGGUUAAGAGACUCAGCCUACUGUUCCAAGGUGCAGUCUCAGCAGGCUGUUCCCCAGUGAGGGAAACACCUCGGUCGCCCCCUACUGGCAGCUCAGGCGAGAGCGUGGACUCAGUCAGUGUGUCGUCCAGUGACUCCAGCCCUUCAGACAGCGAGGGCCUAGGCAUGACACCUAUACACACUUCAGAUGCACAGCAGAACAAGGUGUCCGAGUCUUGCUAUUGCAUUUCUCUCCACUCCAUGGACACUACCUUGUCCUCAGCCAGUAUUCCUGUGACCCCGGCCUCACCCUUCCUCCCUGGCCCACCCUGCAUGCACCAUCGCUUGGACUCCCUGACGCCCAUGUCCCCCUCCUCUCCCCUGCCCCCUGCCUACAACACCCAGGCUCAGGAUGCCUGCAUCAUCAGAGUCAGCCUGCAGCAGGGCAACGGCAACCUCUACAAGAGCAUCAUGUUAACGAGUCAGGAUAAGACUCCAGCAGUGAUCUCUAGAGCCGUGGCCAAACACAACCUGGAGAGUGAGCCUGGGGAGGGAUAUGAGCUGGUGCAGGUCAUCUCUGACGAAAGAGAACUGGUGAUUCCAGACACCGCCAAUGUGUUUUACGCCAUGAACACCUCAGCCAACUUUGACUUCCUGCUGCGUGUGCAAGGCACGGCGGGGCGGUCGGUCCAACUGAGGAGUCACUACGCCUCCACAUUCCCCCGUGCCCAGCAGCGCUCCAGCCUGUCGCUGCGCCUCAGCAAGGUCACCCUGUGACCCCCAGGACAAGGGCACUAUGCCUGGAGGGACACAUUUGAUUUUUUUUGUCAUUUAGCAGACACUCUUAUCCAGAGUGACUUACAGUAGUGAGUGCAUACGUUUUCAGACACCAAACUGGAUGGGCUGGGAGUGGUGGUGGGAGACUGAAAAGGACCAAACAUGGGGGAACGAAUUGAAGUCGAUGAGUUUAGACUCUGAAUUCUCUAUUCCCACAUUCCCUUUCCCUAAUCAGACCCCCAUCUCUUAGUGCUCCCUCUCCCAGCAUCCGUUCCAGUAGCAGCCUGUGGCCUUCCCUUUCUGGCACUUCCCCCAAACCCCUAUGGACUAUUAUGGAUGUGUAGUGGGACAGUGGUGCCAUAUAGAUGUCUGUGGCAGAGCGAGACAGCCGUCGUCCCCCCUCUCCACAUGAAGAGGUUUUGCACAGGUAGGAAGAGUGACUCCAGCCCCCAUCAGUAUUCCGCUUUUUUAUCAACUCUUUUCUUUCCUGUGGAGCCUGUAUGUUUCCUAUUAGAGGGAGAUGGGAGCCUGGACAGAGAGCGAGACUGAGAUGUCCUGUCUAACGGUGAUGAAUGAUCGGCUCCUGUGUCAGUGUUAAUCUGUGUGAUUGGUUGACAGGAGCUGUGUGAUGUCUUCUUCGUUUCCAUUAUUUCAUAGUGUGCACUGUUUGUACCACGCGGGACUGCACCUCUCAUUGUUAACUGUGUGAUGAAUGCAAGUAUAGAGGCAUUCUGAUAGGUUACUACUUGGUUUUAACAAAGUUUUUGUCCUUUUGAUAUUGUUUAGCUGUCCUAUCUCACCUUUUAGGGUGUAGUGACACAUAGGAUGGGUCUCUAUGUGAGGCCCGGAUUGCGCUGCCAGACGCAUUGAUUAGCAGUCCUAAUAGAGAUGCACUUGUUAGUGGCUAGGUGAUGUCCGGAGGUGGGAAGUAGGUGGAAUGAGUG